UAAGCAACCGCACAGUUUGGCUAACACUAGACCAGCAGGACUCCUACACUCCCCGCCUCGGAGUAGCUUGGAAAGCCAGAUAGCGCCAAGGGCAUGUCGUCAGAGAUGCUGGUGCGGUUCGGAAGGCGCUCUGGACAGGCGAAGGAAAACACAGAAAUAAAGAACUCUGAAGAAGAUCAAGUCCUCUAUCCACCUCUUCUACCUAGCAAGGUCGAUCUCCGGCAGGUUACCAUAAUUCCACACAAUGAGUGGAAAAGGAUUCGAGAUAGCCUUGACAGUUUGACAAGAGAAGCAGCAUGCCUUCGUACAGAAAGAAAGGCAAAGAAAGAAAUGCAUUUCCGAUCCCAAGAAGUGGUAAAACAUUGGACUAAUACAUACGCAGGGAUGAAAGAACAGAAACUUGAAGCCAAAAAGAAGCGUGAUGAAGAAAUAGAGGCAGAAAGACAAAAUCUUGAUGUGGAGGAAGCAAUAUACAAACAAGGAGAAAGGAAAAAGGCUAUUGAAUAUGCAAAGCAAUAUCAAUUUUACCAGACAGAAAGAGUGAAAAAGUUUCAUUCAGGACUUCUUCUUAGUAGAGUUAUGAAAGAACGUGAUGCACAGAUUGAAUCCCAAAAGAAUAAAAUAAAAUCAGAUAAAAAAUGGGAAGAACAAUUAAAACUCAACAUUGAAAAAGCUUUUAAAGAAGAACAAGAAAAAGCAGAAAAACGACGCAGAGAUAGAGUGGCUCUUGCCAAUGAUCAUUUAAAACAAAUAAAGGAACAUGAAGAGGAAGAAGAAAGAAGGAGAAAACAUGAAGAAAAGGAUGCAGAGGAAAUAAGGCGACAGAAUUCAUUACAUGAAAUAGAAAUGAGGAAAAAAAUAGAAAAGAGAAAAGAAGAGAUAAAUGAAAGCAGAAGGCUGUUUUUUGAACAUGUGAAUGAUAAAAAUAUCAUCAAGGCUGUGGAACGGCAGCAGCAAGAGGAGGAGGAUGAAAAGAUCAGAAAAUUUAUCAAAGCAAAAAAGCGUCUGAUGCAAAUAGGGAAAGAAAAAGAAGCUGAAACACACAGGCUAAUGGAAGAAAGGAGAGAAAGAAUAAAUAACUUCCUGAGUGAACUAAUGAAAGAGAAACUCGACAAUGAAGAUUUGAUUAUUGCUAGACAUACUGCAGAAGCUGAGGCUGAACGGGAAAAAAGAGAAAGAGAAAAAUAUGAAAAAAACAAGGCAGAAUUAAAAGCGAUUGAAGAACAUAGAGCUGUUGUGAUGAAAAAUAAAGAGGAAGAAGAAAGGCAGAGAAAACUAGAGGCUAAAAAACAAUUGCUGGCUAUCAUGAAAGCAGAUCAGAUUUUCCAGGAGCAUGAAAAGGAGAAAAAACGCAAAGCUGAUAAGGAACAUCAAAAAGUUCGAGAUGCUCAUAUUCAGCAAAUGGCCAAAAAUAAAUUUAAUACAAAGCAAGAAAAACAAGCAGAAUUAGAGCAUUGCAGACUUACUGAAGCUCUUAUGGCUGAAAAGGAGAAGGAAUUUCAGGAUUAUGCCAGAGAAGUAAUUGAACUUGAGUCGGAAUCAAAUAAAUAUAUUUAUCCUCUUGUAAAAGCUGUACAGGAAGGACAUGGAGGUGGCCAUGGACCUGUUUUUGUGGACAGAGGUGGAAUAAGACCCAGUUAUCAGGCAAAUGAUGUCACUGGAGUCCAGCUCCCUUUUUGUAACUCUCAGGGACCAAAAUAUAAUUUUCAAAAGUCUAAGGGAAGGCUAGGUUUUACAUGGUAGAAAAAGGUUUAUUUUUGAUUGAGAAUAUUAAGGUGUAACUAAUAUGAGCUACAAAUAAAUGAAUUUUAUGCUUAUGAUUUGUUAAUAAAGCUACUCAUCUAAGUGCAA